UACGUGCCCAAUGAGUUAAUUAGACACCAAGGGAUUGUGGGUAUCCCAUAUCCAAUAUGGCGAUUAUGUCUGUUUGAUGGAGAAAGCGUCUGAUAACAUUACAGAAUUCUGUACCGAACUCUCAGUGUUACAAAGAAAAUAUUCCACAUCGCUUCGAACAACUUUGUGCACUUCAUCGAUUGUUAUGUCGUAGUGGUUUUGAUUUUCUCCCAAAGCCAGAUUGUUAAUUUGAGUGUUGUGUUGUGAACAAUUCUUGGCCGUCCUAUCCCUUCACUACUGCAGGAAACACUGUACGCCAACGCUUUCCUGUCACGAAAUAAUGAUUGUAUUUAUUAWGCAGAAACUGGAAUAAGUGGCUGAGCCAUGAUUUUAAGAGAGUGAAGUUAGGAAAUUGACAGACCGCUUUGGCCAUGCGAAGGAUAAAGCGAGCCCUGUCACUUCGUGGCCUGAAAAGUGAAGAUGUUUUAUCAGAACUGGAAGAACAAAUGGGUCCUGAUGGCAAUGGCCGUAAUAAUGGAUUUGAUGCCAACGAUAGUGCUUUCAGUGAUGAAAAAGUCAACAACUUAGAUACGUCUGAUGAUAACUCCUAUCCUAGACCAGUCAUGAGAUUGAAACCUCGGUCAAAAUCUACUCUCGCAGCAUCAAGUGGAGCCAGUAAAAGACUGUCUCUACCUGUCUUACACUAUGGCACAUCUCUUAAUGACAUUUCAAAAAGUCCUACAUCAGCCCAAAAGAACUUGGAUCGCUAUCCUUCCUUUGAAUCAACAAAUAAUGCCCUCAGUAGAACGUCGAGAAGACUGUCUUUAUCUGAAUUGGGUUAYGGGAAGAUGGAAACCUACACCAAACUUGAUAAAUUAGGAGAGGGAACCUAUGCUACUGUCUUCAAAGGCAAAAGCAAAUUGACUGAUAACUUAGUGGCRUUAAAAGAGAUUAGGCUGGAGCAUGAAGAAGGGGCACCAUGUACUGCUAUUAGAGAAGUUUCUCUGUUAAAAGAUUUAAAACAUGCCAACAUAGUCACCCUACAUGACACAGUUCACACACACAAAGCUCUUACACUAGUCUUUGAAUAUUUGGAAAAGGAUUUGAAACAGUACAUGGACAAUUGUGGUUCCAUAAUGAGUAUGCAUAAUGUUAGGAUUUUUUUGUUUCAACUCUUGAGAGGUCUUGAGUAUUGUCACAGAAGAAAGGUUCUUCACAGAGAUCUCAAGCCKCAAAAUCUACUUAUAAAUGACAGGGGAGAACUCAAAUUAGCUGAUUUUGGUCUUGCCAGAGCAAAGUCAGUACCAACUAAAACCUAUUCUAAUGAAGUUGUCACUUUAUGGUAUCGACCUCCUGAUGUUUUACUUGGAUCAAGAGCUUACUCCACUCAGAUUGAUAUGUGGGGAGUGGGCUGUAUAUUUUAUGAAAUGGCAACUGGACGACCGUUGUUUCCUGGUUAUACAGUUGAAGAUCAACUUCAUUUAAUCUUUAAGGUACUUGGUACACCCUCUGAAGAAAUCUGGCCAGGGAUUUCUACCAAUGACAUUUUUGUAGCUGGCAAAUUUCCAUAUUAUCCAAGAGAACAUUUAAUAAAUCAUGCGCCAAGAGUGUACGCACAGUCGUACAGAGUGUACGCACAGUCGUACAGAGUGUACGCACAGUCGUACAGAGUAUACGUACAGUCGUACAGAGUAUACGGACAGUCGUACAGAGUAUACGCACAGUCGUACAUAGUAUACGCACAGUCGUACAGAUUGCAGUAUGUUGUACAAUCACGGAUUUCAGCCAAGGAAGCUAUGAAGCAUGUAUACUUUUACAGCCUUGGACCACGUGUCUUAGAACUUGAAGAUCUUCAGUCUAUAUUUUCGUUAGAUGACAUUCGUCUCACAAAGGAUCCUGGGUAUCGGUCUACAAGCAAAGGAACAGGACGCGCCGAAUCAAAGUCAAGACCGGCUAAAUUAAAAGAGGAAAUGUCUUAGAUAAUAUUUUWCUUACACAAGCACUUUGCUAAAACCUUUCUAUUGGUUACACUUUGUGAGCGUGAGGGGACUGGGUUUGAUCAUGCAUGAAUGUCGUCAGCACAUACCAAUUCUUUCACUCAUUUCU